AGUUGAUCAGUGAUCGCGGUGCUAUAAACAAUGGAAAUUGUUCGCUCUGAGUCCGCGCGUACAUCUUCCCGCUCAAAUUCAACAAUUUCCAAUGCGCCUAGCAAUUGCUCCAAGCAGGACUUGUACGUAUCCCUGAAGCACUACGACUGCCUCCUGGGUGAACUAAGGUGCCCAGGAUGUGCACGACCAAUGCACGCGCCCAUCCUGCUCUGUCAAUCUGGGCACAGUGUCUGCCAGGAGUGUGUCCGGAAGCAGAAAUCUUGCCCACUGUGUAGGAUGGAUUUCACUGAUAUCCGAUCCAUGACUCUCGAAGCUCUGUCGGCUAAGGCUUAUUUCAGUUGCAAGAACGCCAUUUCUGGCUGUACUGUCCGACUGCCCUUUGACCUCAUGAAGUGGCACAAGCCCCGGUGCCUCUUUCAGACAGGCUCAUGCUUCAUGGGCACCAUCUGGGGCGGUUGCAAUUGGAAUGGACGCAAAAUGGACUACCUAGAGCAUUGCAGUGUAUCCCAUCGGGAUAAACUCUUCCUCUCUGAUGAGGCGCAACUCUUCUGGCCAUUACCUCCGGUAAAAUCGCCCACGGCAAAGACCGUGGUCGGAGUAUUCAUGUUCAAUGUCUUCGAAGAGGUCUUUGAUCUCUACCACGUGCACGAUCGCACGGGAGCUCAAUGCCUCUGGACAAUGGUUUGUGAGUCCAAGGAGCGAAAGACCAGUACCAACUUUGCCUUCCAGAUCGAACUGUUUUGUCAGAAGGAUCCGUCCAGGCUUUUGGUACAGCGACACUCUUGCCAUAGCGAACGCGACGAUGACCUUCUGGACGAGGCCCAUUGUGUCGCAAUUUCCAUGGGAGAUAUCAUGAGGUUCACCGGUGGGGAUAAGAAACUUCACUACAGAGUGAAAAUUUUGGAUUUGCGAGAAUGCAAGACCAAUUCAACUGCAACACAACCUGUAGCUUGUCAAACCUGUGUACCCUCGCCCAAGGUACUUCAGGAUGCAGAAACAGAACCAAUUGAAUGUACCAAUCACAAGUGCGUUCCCAUGUCCAACAUUAUUACCAAAAAAUGCUCAAAAAAGAUAGCAAUUGGGGAAAAAAUUGCAGAAGUCCCUCCUAGAAAUGCCUUGACGAAUGGAACAAUUGCCGAAGUGAAUAAAUCUACGUCACUGAAUGGAAGUGUCUCGAGUCUGGACGUAUUGCAAGAAAAAAUACUCACUCAGUCGACGACGACGACGGAAAAUGGUGUGACGAAGAGCAUUGACGUCAGUAAUCGAGAUUUGAAGGGGAUCUUCGAUAGGGAAUUCCAAUCGGUUCAUAUAAAUUAAUACCACGAUGUUAUCUCUUAUCUUCUUGCAGACACCUUUAUUGCCGAAGAUUUACAGUGUAUAGUCUUCCGGAUGGUAGAGCUCACUCAGCAAUCUGUAAACGUACGAUGGUGCAUUUCCUCCGCUGUAAACAGAAAACUCUUCAUUAAAUUUACCAUUCAAUCUGCAAAUAUUAUUUUUCAAUUAUAUUAUACGUUCAAAAUCAAUUAACUAGAAAAUUUCAGAAAAUUUCACGAAAAUUUCCAAAAUUUCAUGAAAAUUUCAAAAAUUUCAGGAAAUUUUCCAAUAUUUCAUGAAAUUUUGGAAAAUUUCCGAAUAUUUGUAUCAUUUUUUCAAAAAUAAAAAUAAAACUCACAGAUUUGA